AUGCCAACCAAAACAUCGACCCCUGGAAGCAAUGGCAGUAUCAGCAUCGAUGCUACUGUUGGCAGUGUCGAGGCCGUCAUGCGGACAGCCGCCAAGUUUAAUUGCCAGAAGGUCGUCGUAACCUCGAGCAUGUCAACGCAUCUCGAAGCGAAGGCGAAUUUUCUCGAUGAGACGACUUGGUACGCCCCCGAUGUGUCUUCCCCUAAGCCUUUCGUCCAGUACAUGUCUUCGAAGGUACUCGCUGAACAGCGUGCUUGGGAGCUGUCCUUGUCCCUCGGCAUCCCUCUCACCACGAUUGCCCCAGUCUACAUUGGAGGUCCCACCAUUCUCGCUGGACAAGAUCCGAAGGCUCCUAUCUCCAAUCAAGAUCUACUUCGAUGUAUCCAAACCGAGGCAAAGUCCAAGAUCCCCGGCUGGAUCGAUGUCAGGACCGUGGCUCUACUUCAUGUGCUCGCUCUGGAGGCCAAUCAAAUGGUUGGUCGAAGAGUCCUCGCUUGCACGCACAAUACCGGCGUCGUCAAAAUGGACUGCUCUCUGAUGAACAAGCUGUUGGCUAACGAGGCUGCGGAUGUCAUUGAGUUUGACCAGACCAAGCGCGACUUACUUGACCAGAUUCGGCGCUUCACCCCCGGUCGUGUAUCUCAGUCUGUUGUGUAG